UACGAAUGGUUGCCAACAUAAAAAAAAAAAACAAGUUAUGAUGCUAGAUCUUAUGCAACAGUUGGUAAUAUAAUUUAGAUAAAUCGAAACUAACCACGUUUGAGUCUCUCUGUUAAAACCGUCAUUUUAAUUAAUACGAUGAAUGAAUAAAUAAGUUUGAAAAUUAAAUUCGAUAUAAAAUGGCAUUAAAUAUCAUUAGAAAGGCAACAACGUUUUGUAAUAGCAUUUUAGCCAAGAAUGUAUUGUCAUGUAGACGUUACAGUGUGUACGAACCUGAUUAUUUGGAGAUGUUAAAACCAGAAAUACCAACUUAUUCUAUGUUAAAUGUACAGAUUACAGGAUAUACUUAUCCUGUAUUAGAAAAUUAUCAGAGUUUCAUUCAUAAAAUCGCUAAAAUUAUGGACAUUGACGUAGAUAACGGUUGGGCAUUACCUCCAAAAGUAUUAAAAAUUCAAAAAUAUAAACCAAGAAGUACCGUCGUGAGCGCAGAAUAUAAUCUUAAUAUUUAUGAAAGAAAUAUACAAUUAGCAGACGUUACAUCAGCGCAGUGUCCCUUACUAAUUAGAAUAUUAGAAGAUACUUUACCACAAGGUAUAACCUUGAAUGUGACCAUUUUCGAUCCUGAUAUGGAAUUAAAACGUUAUAUACCGGAUAAAGCUUUAUUAGAUAUGAAAUCAAUGUUAGAAGAUAUGUCGCAUAAAAAGUAAAUUAUAAUACAACAUUGAAAUAUUUCUUUAUAUUAGUAAUGAGAUUAGAUAUGUGAAGUACAGUAAGUAUAUACUGGGAAAAAGGUAUUUAUUAUAAAACUUGAUAAAAAUUUACAAACACACAUGCAUGUAAAUACGUUUUUGCAUAUAUAAACGAUAAUUUGUCAAA